GGUGGUCGACAGUCGUCACUCCGCGUUAUAUCGCAGACGCAUCUCGGCGGUGUUCAGUCGUGCUGCGUCCGCUCCCCAGUUUAUUCCAGUACUGAAUCCGAAUGCCGACGUUUUCGCGCCUAAAAUAUUCGCGUAAAUAGUGCUAGAAUUAAUAAAUCACGAAUUCUACUUUGUGAUGCAUUACUUUGUGUUUUAUGUUUGUAUUAUUUUCUUUGUGUUUUUACCAACUUCAUCGAAGGCGAUACGAUGGUUAGCUCUGCACGAGAGUCAAGGUAAUUGGACAGAAAAUGACUGCUUGGAGUCGCGGCGCAGCGGAGUACUAUGGAGCGAACAAAGCCGCGCAUGCCGCCGCCAUCACUCUGCCAUGCCCCACGUGGCUGCAGCCGCACGACUUGCCAGGUCCGCCUGCCUCGCGGCUCACGCUGGGGAAAGAUGGAACUGCUCAUCCAUUGAACUCGCACCUAAGUUUACCCCUGACUUACUAACAGGUACUCGCGAGCAGGCCUACGUGUAUGCGAUGUCAGCAGCUGCCUUGGCUUGGUCCUUGGCCAGGGCCUGCGCUGCGGGCUCUUUACCUGCCUGUUCCUGUGCAUCUCCGCCACGGGCUCCACCCCGCCCACCGAGACAAGCACAACUGUCUCCCGCUGAACCGUACGCUAGAUUUAAAUGGGGCGGUUGCGGUGAUAACUUCCAAUGGGCUGAGAGAUUUUCUAAGCAAUUUCUUGAUAUGCACGAGAUAGACGUGCGAGAUGGAAAAAUCGAAGACUUUUUUGAAACGGAAACUACAACAGAAUUGCCAACUACAACUACAUUUGAGACGACAACAAUACCGCCGAUAGUGAUAUUGGUGGAUGAUCAGCCAGCUGCUGAAAACACUACUGAAUCUGCGAAAGUUAGAAGAAAGGGUCGACGAGGACGGAAGCGCCUCCCACGCUCUCCCCGACGUGGCAGACCCACACGGAAACGGUUCAGACCAAGACCAAGAUACGAAUUUGAAGACAGAGGUUCUAGAUAUCGAAACAUCGAAUAUCGGAUGGCAGCUGACGACCCCCGCUUUGACCCGCAAGUAGAUUUAAGGACUCGACUUGAAAGGCUACGUCCCCUAAUCGCCGCAGCGAAUUUGAUAAAUGGAAGAUUCGGAAGGAAAGCCGUAUCUAGCGGCAUGCGUACCAAGUGUACAUGUCACGGCGUGUCGGGGUCGUGUUCGGUACGCACGUGCUGGCGCGCCCUGCCACCGCUGUCGCGUGUGGCGGCCGCGCUGGCGGGCGAAGCGGCACGUGCCGGCCCUCUGCGCCCGCGCCGUCACGCCGCGCGUCACGCCAAGCCGCGCCUGCGCUACGUCACGCCCAGCCCCGACUACUGCGAGCCCGACUCAGCCGCUGGCUCGUUGGGCACGCAUGGCAGGUCUUGUAACGCUUCGCUGGGCAGUGCAGCGGGGGGGUGCGGGCGUCUGUGUUGCGGGCGGGGGAGGCGGGCGGUGCGGGGGACGCGCCUGGAGCGCUGCCACUGUCGGUACCACUGGUGUUGCCGAGUCGAUUGUCAGCUAUGUCGCAUCACUAACGAAGAACACUAUUGCAACUGAACUGUUGUCGCAACUACGCACCUAGGAAUUCUCAUUUAGCUCAGCGCCUGUUCGAUAAGUUUCUUGAACUCUGAAGAAAGAGUUAUUUUAAAGCAAACGUUAGAAAGAGUGAGAAAGAGAUGUUACAUCAAUUUGAAUGACUUCAUUUUGUUCUUUAGAACAUUGAUGUGGACAGUGCCAACUUAAAGCGCGCCGGAAACAUACCGAACCGGCACUUAAGGUUUGCGUCCUUUCUUAACAGCUAUCAUCUAAAUUUGUUAAAUAUUUAAUUGUUGUGUAAUUGAUUUCACAAAAACUUAAUUGCCAAAGAUUAUUUAAAAAUACGAUAUAGUUACUACAGUGCGUCACAUAGGGCACGGGUGACCUACGUGGCAAUCGACAUUUAGAUACCACUACGAGCUGACGGUAUCUCGUUCCAUAAAGUACGUUACUAGUCAACAUGCGCACAGAUGUAAAUAUUUACUUAUAUUUGUAAAGGAAUUUAGGUUUCAUUAAAAUAAAAAACUUGAUUUAUAUCUACCUCAUAAUUUGCCAUUCUUAGUAAGUCUAGAAAUUAAUUUUAAUUAGUUAUUUAAAUUAAAUCUAGAUCUUUCUACAUAUCGAUAUAAUUUUCUUAAAAAUAAACAUAAAUUUAAAAAAUUCCCUACGAGGGAGUAGUUACUUGCCUGCUUGUAGAAAAGGUUAGUAGAACAUCUAUAAAUUCAGUUAUGAAUCGUCGAAUUAAUAUUCUAGGAUUCAUCU